AGUGACCUGCUCUUUGACAACAAACUCUCACCUCGGCCCUGCAACAAUCCGCCACCGGAUACCGGUCAGCGGCGUCUCCUCGUCUGUCCAACCUGUUACUGAGGAGGGGGGGGGGGAGGGAGGGAAGGAACGUGGGGUGGAGGCUGCAGAGCAGACGGGCCUUCACAGCGGCAAACAGAAGGCUGUUUUGCGGGAUUAAAAGGGACCAACAAAGGCAGCAUCGUUGAAAAGUGUUACCUGACACAGAGUCAGGGAGUCAUGACAGCGCUCGCGGGAGGUUUACCGAGAAUGAUGAGACCGACUCCUCACCAGAACUACCCGCGGGGAGGAUACUCUCUGGAAGUCUCCACUCCGCUAGGACAGGGUCGGGUCAACCAGCUCGGCGGUGUCUUCAUAAACGGCAGACCUCUCCCCAACCACAUCCGACAUAAAAUCGUGGAGAUGGCCCAUCACGGGGUCCGGCCGUGUGUCAUCUCCCGUCAGCUGCGCGUGUCCCACGGCUGCGUCUCCAAAAUCUUGUGCCGGUACCAGGAGACGGGCUCCAUCAGGCCGGGGGCCAUCGGAGGCAGCAAGCCAAAGCAAACAUCUACUCCAGAGGUGGACAAGAAAAUCGAAGAUUACAAGAGAGAAAACCCGGGAAUGUUCAGCUGGGAAAUCCGGGACAAAUUACUGAAAGAUGGGGUCUGCGACAGAAACAACGUUCCCUCAGUGAGCGCCAUCAGUCGCAUCAUGCGGUCUAAAUUCGGCGGAGCCGGUGAUGAUGAAGAGGAGGAUGAUGACGUGGUAAAGAGGGAGAUGGAGGAAAACGAACCACGGACCAAACACAGUAUCGAUGGCAUCCUCGGAGACAGAUCCAGCCACUCGGACGAGGGCUCCGACGUGGACUCCGAGCCGGGCCUGCCUCUGAAGAGGAAGCAGCGCCGCAGCCGCACCACCUUCACCGCGGAGCAGCUGGAGGAGCUGGAGAGGGCCUUCGAACGCACGCACUAUCCCGACAUCUACACGCGGGAGGAGCUGGCUCAGCGGGCCAAGCUGACGGAGGCUCGGGUUCAGGUGUGGUUCAGUAACAGGAGAGCCAGGUGGAGAAAGCAGGCAGGAGCCAAUCAGCUGAUGGCGUUUAACCACCUCAUCCCCGGUGGGUUCCCUCCCUCAGCCAUGUCUGGUCUGCAAACCUAUCAGCUGUCUGACAGCCCCUACACACCCACUUCUAUAUCUCAAGCGUCCGAGCAGCCCAGCACAGUCCACCGACCGCAGCCCCUGCCCCCCACCUCCGUGCACCAGAGUGGGCUCGGCUCGGCCGCCGGCUCCCAGGAUGGAAGCUCGGCGUACUGCCUGUCCUCUGGACGCCACGGCUUCUCCGGGUACUCGGACAGCUUUGUGACCCAGACGGGGCACAGCAACACCGCCAACGGCCUCUCUCCGCAGGUAAUGGGCCUAUUGAACCCAGGUGGAGUGCCUCAUCAGGCCCAGAGUGACUUCGCCCUCUCCCCGCUGACCGGAGGCCUGGAGCCCAACGGCGGCAUGGCUGCCAGUUGUCACGGUUCCCAGCGCUUGGAGGCUCUACCCGGCCUGAGCAGUAUGCCCACCUUGCCUAGCACCCAGUCUUACUGCCCCCCGUCCUACAGCACCCAAGCCUACGCCAUGGACCACCACCCACCCUAUCAGUAUGGACAGUACAGUCAGAGCAAGGUGCCUUUCAUUAUAUGAAGCCCCCGACAUGGCCUGACCAGGAGGCUUCCUGGGCCGGCCUGACAUGCAUCGCUGGAGAACUUCCCCACCCGCUGCCUCUGCCAGAGCUCCUCAGGCCAGCAGGAGAGAAGCGGUUGAGGUGUUCUCCAUCAGGAAGGGAACCAGUUUGAGGCGGGUGGUGCGGUGAUGGCGAUGGAGGCGGUUGGCGGGAACACUUCGGACCAAAGGGUGGCGUCUCUCCUGUUACCUGCCGAUCGCUUUGCUUGUGCUUCCUGUCACGCUCCGAGGACCAAGCCCCGCAAGUAGUCUGUGCUUAAAGAGGAACAGAAGACAGGGGCAGGGAAAGGACAUUCAAAGACAUUUAAGAUUGUGUGAUAGAUUUUUGUAACAAGUGGCAGAGAGGUGGACUUGGGAAAGCCUCUCGAUGGGGGGAGGGGCUUACUCUUACAGUCUGGUUAUCAAGAGGCCAGAUGAUGAUGAAGUGUUGCGCUCAGCCACAAUGCUCUUUCAAAGGAUCUCUACAUCAUCAUCUCUUAGAAAAGUGAUAUUUACUGGGCAUUGACGUGAUUAUUUGAUACGACUUUGCAAGUGAAAAUACGACUACACCGGAAAAAAACAGCAGAACGGCAUGAAUCCAGGCAGAGUGGAGACAUAGCGUAACCACAGCAACCCAAAGAAAGUGCAAUACAUUCAUACCUCAUGUGAUGUACAUUUACACGGAUCAAAUGUUCCCGACUAUACCCUUAGAAAACCUCCUCUCUUUUUUAAUGUAAUUCAUUUUGGGUUUUGUGCAUUGAUCAAUCAGGGGAAAUCAUCAGGCGAUGAAAAAUAGAAAACCUAUUAGUGAUGUCAUUAUGCCCAAAACAUUCUCUUUUUCAGUCUGACAAGUCAUUUUUUAAAUUUUGCUUAUGUUCAAGAUUUCACCAGGUACUUGCAAACAUGAAUUCCAUUUCUUAUUUAUUUAGUGUUGCUCAGCUGUUAUGUCUCUUCUGUAUAUUUUGUACUAAGUGCGCUUACGUGCUUAAAUCUUACACAAUGUUCAUUAUACAUGAUUUUUCUUUUGUAUGAUUUACAAUUGCUUUGGCGUAAAAAGUUUUGUGUACAAUACAGCACUAUUUACUAUUUAUAAUAAACUAUAUAAAAUGUAAAGUUGGGACUUUGAAUGUCAUUCAUGUGAUACCAUGGCAGUAACCAAUGAGAAGACAAGUCAUGUCCUCGUUUGUGUAUGUCUUUUCUUUUCAGUGUGUUUAAAUUAGACUUAGA